CUCGCGCGCUGUCGCGCCGGCCGGGCGUCUCUGCGAAGCUUUGGCCGCCAAUGGGGGAGGUGGAGCCCGGGCCCGGGGGGCCCCUGGAGCCCCCGGAGCCACCUGAAGCGGCGGCGACUCGCCGGCCCGGAGGGAUCCGGGUCCUGAAGAGAAAUAUGAAACACAAUGGGAGCAGAAAUUGUUUGAAUAGAAGAAGUAGGUUUGGUUCUCGAGAAAGAGACUGGCUGAGAGAAGAUGUGAAGAGAGGCUGCGUUUACCUUUAUGGAGCAGACACGACCACCGCCACCACCUCCUCCUCUGCUGUGCCAUCCUCCUCUUCCGACUUGCAUCUUGUCCUUUGCACAGUAGAGACACCGGCAUCAGAAAUAUGUGCUGGAGAGGGAAGAGAAAGUCUCUAUCUACAGCUCCAUGGAGACCUGGUCAGGAGACUGGAGCCCACUGAACGGCCUCUCCAAAUUGUUUACGAUUACUUAUCCAGGCUGGGAUUCGAAGAUCCUGUGCGCAUACAGGAGGAGGCUACCAACCCUGACCUCAGCUGUAUGAUUCGAUUUUAUGGUGAAAAACCAUGCCAGAUGGAUCAUCUGGAUCGAAUCCUACUGUCUGGCAUCUACAAUGUACGUAAAGGAAAAACCCAGCUGCACAAAUGGGCUGAACGCCUAGUUGUUCUUUGCGGUACUUGCCUUAUUGUCUCCUCGGUGAAGGAUUGUCAAACUGGGAAGAUGCACAUUUUGCCUCUGGUUGGGGGAAAGAUAGAAGAAGCGAAGCGCCGGCAGCACUCCCUUGCUUUCAGCUCAGCUGGAGCCCAAGCUCAGACCUAUCAUGUCAGCUUUGAGACUGUGGCCGAGUACCAGAGAUGGCAACGGCAGGCAUCUAAGGUGGUGUCCCAGCGGAUCAGCACUGUGGACCUCUCAUGUUACAGCCUUGAGGAGGUUCCUGAGCAUCUCUUCUACAGUCAAGAUAUCACCUACCUCAACCUGAGACACAACUUCAUGCAAUUAGAAAGACCAGGGGGCCUCGACACACUCUACAAAUUUUCUCAACUGAAGGGCCUGAACUUGUCCCAUAAUAAGCUUGGAGUGUUUCCUGUGUUGCUCUGUGAGAUUACUACCCUGACUGAACUUAACCUUUCUUGUAAUGGAUUUCAUGACUUGCCAAGAGAGAUUGGCAAUCUGCUAAAUCUUCAGACCUUCUGCCUCGAUGGCAACCUUCUCACCACUCUACCUGAUGAAUUGGGAAAUCUGCAGCAGCUUACUUCUCUGGGAAUUUCCUUCAACAAUUUUAGUAAAAUUCCUAAUGUUUUGGAGAAACUCACCAUGUUAGAUAAAGUGGUUAUGGCAGGAAACUGUUUGGAAGUCCUGAACCUAGGGGUGCUGAUCAGGAUGAGCCAUGUUAAGCAUGUGGAUCUAAGGAUGAACGAGUUGAAAACGGUGAUGACUGAAAAUCUGGAGGGAAAUAAACACGUCACUCACAUGGAUUUGCGGGAUAAUCAAUUGACUGAUUUGGACCUUAGCUCCUUAUGUAGCUUGGAGCAGCUGCACUGUGAGCGGAACCAGCUGAGGGAGCUCACACUCAGUGGCUUCUCCCUUCGAACCCUCUACGCCAACUGGAACAGGCUGACGGCAGUGAAUGUCUACCCAGUACCUAGCCUGCUCACUUCUUUGGAACUCUCCCGAAACCUGCUAGAGUGUGUCCCUGACUGGGCCUGUGAAGCAAAAAAGCUAGAAAUACUAGAUAUGAGCUACAAUCUUCUUACAGAGGUUCCUGUGAGAAUUCUGAGUAGCCUGACUCUGCGGAAGCUGAUGGUGGGACAUAACCACAUCCAUGGCCUUCCGGCUCUGGUGGAGCACAUUCCCCUCGAGGUGCUGGACGUUCAGCAUAACGUUCUGUCCAGGCUCCCAGACACCCUCUUCUCCAAGGCCUUAAAUCUCAGAUACUUGAAUGCAUCUGCAAAUAGUCUGGAGUCUUUGCCUUCUGCAUGUGCUGGAGAGGAGAGUCUGAGUGCGCUGCAGCUGCUGUACCUGACCAGCAACCUCCUGACAGAUCAGUGCAUACCUGUUUUGGUCGGGCACCCACACCUGCGAAUUCUCCACCUUGCAAAUAACCAGCUACAGACCUUUCCUGCAAGCAAACUAAAUAAAUUGGAACAAUUGGAAGAACUGAAUCUAAGUGGGAACAAGCUUAAAGCCAUUCCCACAACCAUAGCAAAUUGCAAAAGGCUGCACACCCUUGUCGCACAUGCCAACAACAUCAGCAUCUUCCCGGAGAUACUACAGCUGCCUCAGAUUCAGUUUGUAGACCUGAGUUGUAAUGACUUGACAGAAAUACUAAUUCCAGAGACUCUGCCUGCUACUUUACAAGACCUUGAUCUGACAGGAAAUACAAAUCUGGUUCUGGAACACAAGACUUUGGACAUGUUUAGCCAUAUCACAACCCUGAAAAUUGAUCAGAAACCUUUGCCAACCACAGAUGCUACAGUUACUUCAACCUUCUGGAGCCAUGGACUGGCUGAGAUGGCAGGGCAGAGAAAUAAACUCUGUGUGUCUGCUCUGGCUAUGGAUAACUUUGCAGAGGGGGUGGGAGCUGUGUAUGGCAUGUUUGAUGGGGACCGCAAUGAGGAGCUCCCUCGUCUGCUGCAGUGUACAAUGGCAGAUGUGCUUUUGGAAGAAGUACAGCACUCAACAAAUGACACAGUUUUUAUGGCUAAUACCUUCUUGGUAUCUCACAGGAAAUUAGGAAUGGCGGGCCAGAAGCUGGGCUCCUCUGCUCUCCUGUGCUACAUUCGGCCUGACACUGCUGACCCAACAAGUAGUUUUAGUUUGACUGUAGCCAAUGUCGGUGCAUGUCAAGCGGUCCUGUGCCGAGGUGGGAAGCCGGUACCCCUUUCUAAAGUCUUCAGCCUGGAGCAUGACCCCGAGGAGGCGCAGAGGGUGAAGGGUCAGAAAGCCAUCAUAACAGAGGACAACAAGGUGAACGGGGUAACCUGCUGUACCCGGCUGUUGGGAUGUACAUACCUCUACCCUUGGGUCCUCCCCAAGCCCCACAUCUCUUCCACUCCACUGACCAUUCAAGACGAAUUGCUGAUUUUGGGAAACAAAGCACUGUGGGAACACUUGUCAUACCUCGAAGCUGUCAACGCCGUGCGUCAUGUACAAGACCCAUUAGCUGCUGCUAAAAAGCUGUGCACAUUAGCACAGAGCUAUGGUUGUCAGGACAACGUGGGGGCAAUGGUGGUUUAUUUGAACAUUGGUGAGGAAGGCUGUACCUGUGAAAUGAAUGGGCUCACUCUUCCAGGCCCUGUGGGAUUUGCUUCCACUGCCACCAUCAAGGAUACCCCCAAGCCAACCACUCCCUCCUCUAGUAGUGGGAUUGCCUCAGAGUUCAGCAGUGAGAUGUCCACCUCAGAGGUGAGCAGUGAAGUGGGCUCCACCGCUUCUGAUGAGCAUAACACUGUGGGCCUGGAGGCUAGCUUGCUUCCAAGGCCAGAGAGGCGCUGUAGUCUGCACCCAACACCCAAUUUAGGAGUUUUCCAGCGCCAGCCUUCUUGUGCUACUUUUUCCAGCAACCAGUCUGACAAUGGACUGGACAGUGAUGAUGACCAGCCUGUUGAAGGGGUCAUAACCAAUGGCAGCAGGGUGGAAGUAGAGGUAGACAUCCACUGCUGCCGAGGAAGAGACUCUGAGAACUCCCCUACUCUCCCAAAGAACUCUUCUACCCCUUGUUCAGAGGAACAUGCUAGAGGGUUGUUUUUUGGCAUUCGAAGACAGAACAGUGUGAAUAGUGGUAUCCUUCUGCCAACGAACAAAGACAAGAUGGAGUUACAGAAGUCUCCCUCCACUUCCUGUCUGUAUGGAAAGAAACUCUCCAAUGGCUCCAUUGUGCCCCUAGAAGACAGCCUGAACCUCAUUGAGGUGGCCACAGAGGCACCCAAAAGGAAAACUGGCUAUUUUGCUGCCCCCACUCAGCUGGAACCAGAGGAUCAAUUUGUUGUACCUCGUGACCUGGAAGAAGAAGUGAAGGAGCAGAUGAAGCAGCAGCAGGAGAGCAGGCCCGAGCCUGAGCCCAGGGAAGAGGGCCGGGCUGAGCCCCUGGAGGAGUUUGAUACAGCACUGUGAUUCUGCCCCAAGUGGGCGCAGCGUAAGGGAGGGCUAUGGGGUAUUGGGGAAAGGACCUUCAGGAGAUGUUUGCCUCAGUGUUUCUAAUCAUAGAUGUAUGGAGUAGAAUUUGGAGCCAAAAAGUUGAGCACUAGCAGGGUCUGGCUCUGAAUGAGCUAGUACCACUUUCAGUGUUAAGCUUUGAAUUGAACCUUCAUUGGAUUCCCAGAGUUGCUGGGAGACAGCAGAUGCUAUUCUGUGUCAGUCCUGCCACCUGCCAUUAACCCUUUCUCUCCUAGGAUCAUUUGGGAAUUUGCCUGCCUGGGCAGGAAAGGGACUAUUUCUGUGGAGGAAAUAACAGAAGGUUGAUUCCCUUUACUAAUUGCUGCUGAUGGAUCUCUAUGACAAGAGAAAUCACCUUCUCUCUCAGACUAACUAGUGGGGUGGGAUGUGACUAGUCACAUGGCUUUUUAUUCUCUACGAGAAUACAGCCUAUCAAAUGAUGUCUAUUGGAGAUAAAGAACCAAUCAAGCAGGUAAUUUAUGUGUGUAAUGUUAUGUAACGAGAGCACUUUUCAUUGACUGUGAACCUUUUAUUUUUGAAUCUGCACUCGAGCCAAUCUUCUUUGAGGCAGCCCAGCUCCUUUGUUCAUUGGUAACUGAGCAUUGGAGCCUCCUUUGAGGGUACUUGGAAAGGUCCUGGAAAUUGAUCUGUUGGAUGUCAGACUAUGAAAGCUCCUGAGAACCUUGGGGUGGGAGGAUUUUAUUCUGUGGAGGAAGAUGAGGAAGGAGUGAGAACUAAGUUUUUUUCCCCAAGACAAAAAGAGACUCUGUCCUGGAUAAGCUGACCCCUGCUAGGAACUAGGAUCACAAGGCAGGUCCUUGUGGAUUGGCCUCUUUUCCUAAACAUGGUAGAUUGGCAGGCAGCCUCUUGACAGGCAAGCUGACACCUUGAAUUAUAACGAGUGAGUAUGACAGGAACACGUGGGCAGACAGAUCUCA